CACUCGACAGUCAACAGUCUAGUUCUACGCUGUCAGAGACCUAACUUAAUAUUAAUAGUUUUAUAUUUUACGUUCUAAAGAAAACAAAAACAAUUGAAUUAUCUAUUUUAAUCGUGUUUUAUUUUGUAUACCAUAUUACUUACCUAGGCUAAACGUGAUUUUGUUAUUUUUCCGACGAGAGAAGACGAUUAUUUUUGCACCCUUUACGCGCAAUUUUUCAAAUUACUUUCUUCUUAGAACUCGUUCAAGAUGCACGGUUGGAUAAAGAUAACUCUUAUAUUAUGUCUAUUCGGCACAUUAAGAGAGUUUCGUCCCUCAGAACCCUUUGUAACAGAGUUUUUGCUUGGAAAGUGGAGAAAUAUUACAGAAUCUCAAUUGAACCGUGAUGUUUAUCCUGUGGGAACGUAUUCCUAUCUAGGACUUUUAGUCGUCGUAUUUUUAAUCACAGAUUUCUUACGAUUUAAACCAGUCAUAAUUCUCUCGGGUAUAAGUGGGAUAGGAGUUUAUGCAGUAUUACUAUGGACUACAAGUUUAGAAUGGCUUCAAGUGUCUCAAGUUCUAUAUGGAAUUUACAUGGCAACAGAAGUUGCAUACUUCACAUACAUUUAUGCAAAGGUGGACUCUUCAAAGUACCCUAAAGUGUCAUCCUACACUCGGAUGGCUGCACUAACUGGUCGUUUUCUCUCUGGAGUGAGUUCCCAAUUAUUAACUCACUUUAAUAUCAUGGAUCUUCGGGACCUUAAUUACCUAACACUUACAGCUCAAAUUCUGGCUACGUUUUGGGCGUUUUGGCUGCCUCCAGUACCAUAUGGAAUAUAUUUUCAUCGGCGGUCAAUUGCCAGUACUACGCAAUCGGAUAUACCGAUCGAAAAACAACCACCACAAGACGGGUACGAUGCUAAAUCAUUUCGCUCUCAAAUUUCCGAAGCGACUGUGUUAAUAUAUCGCCACGCACGUAGCGCAUACUCCCGACCCAAAGUUGUGGCGUGGUCUGCCCUUUACGCAGUGGCACUCGCACUGUUUGUACAGUCACAGACUUAUAUGCAACUAUUGUGGAAUAGGAUACGGGGUGGUGACGAAGAAGUGUUUUUAGGUUGCGGCAGUAAGCUUGUCUAUGCGAAAUAAUUGCGGUGAUAAAAUUCGAGGUUUACUCUUUAAAGACCUGUUGGGAAUUUCUUAAAUCUUAAGAUUACCUAAGAAUAUGUAAAACAAAAUAUAGAUGUGAAAUAUGCUAUGUAUUGUAAAGUCAAACACCCUUGUAGUCCGGGAAAUAGUUUCUGAACAUCCAGCAAGAGGAAGAGGAAGAAGGUGAAAUCGAAGAUGAUAUGACUGUUGACGUAGAUUUUUAAGAGAUAAAAAUAACUAAAGAAAUUAAAACAAUAGUUACCUAAUAAUCAAUAAUUAGGUAAUAUCUAGAACUUGUCGGGUAUUGUUCCCUUAAAAUAUCCUAAUUUGUCAUGACAAGUACUGGAGUAGACCUACAGGGGAAACCAUGGUAAAAAAAACGUGCCGAGGACAGUACAAGUGCAGUGGAAAUGUGUAUGUCAUGUAUUAUGUAAAUAAAUAAAAUAUGAUGAUCAUUUUGUAGGGAAUUUUAAGAUCUACUACAACUUUGAGAUUAUUUUUGAUAAAAUUUAGCGUUUGCGAAAAAAAAACUCUAAUUUUUACUUUUG